AUGUCUGCAAUUGUAGUCUGUAUAAAACAAAAAGAUAUAUAUCAGAAGUACAAAAAAGGGAAUUUCACAGAUCUUUAUAAAGAGACACAGAAAAGGUACAUUGCCCGCGCGGGCAGGGGGACAAAUUGGGCUUUGGUGGCGCGGUCGACGGCUGCAGCGCAACUGCUGCUCAGCCAAACAACGCGUCCUCCUCGGGAAUGGGUUCGGUUCCUGUUGCGAUCGCGGGAGACCUUCGGAGAGUUUCACCAUCUGGUCCGUGACCUGCGUCUCGACGACGGACGCGAUUUCUUCGCAUACUUCCGGAUGACACGCCAGAGAUUUGACCACCUGCUCUCCCUGGUUGGGCCUCUUCUACAGAAGCAGCUGACCUCUUGGCGAAAGCCGAUUCCCCCGGCUGAAAGGUUGUCGUUGACAAUCCGAUACCUUGCUCAUGGGUCCUCGCAGCUCAUAUGCUCGAUGGGCUACCGAAUCGGCCGGUCGACAACAUCCGUAAUUAUCAGGGAGACGUGCCUGGCUCUCCACAAGGUGUUGGACCCACUAUACCGCCCUGCCCCCAACACUGCCCAGUGGGAGCGACUUGCAGGGGAGUUCGAAAGGCUGUGGAAUUUCCCGAACUGUGUCGGAGCCUUGGACGGCAAGCAUGUGGCCAUCCAAGCUCCACCUGGUGCAGGCUCCGACACUUUCAACUACAAGGGGUUCCACAGCAUCGUCUUACUUGCAGGCUGUGACGCCACCUACAAGUUUACGCUGGUAGACGUUGGGCAACCAGGGCGGUAUAGUGAUGGAGGCAUCUUCAGAAACUCUGAAAUGGGGCAGUCCAUACUGUCUGGAGGACUUGGUCUCCCGCCGGCUGGACGUAUGCCCCGGACAUCAACCAAACUGCCUUUCGUCUUUGUAGCAGAUGAGGCCUUCCCCCUGCUCACUAACCUGAUGCGCCCUUACCCUCGGAAAGAUCUGAAGUUGAAGCCAAGGGUGUUCAACUACAGACUUUCCAGGUCGAGGAGGGUCAUUGAAAAUGCUUUCGGCAUCCUAGUUGCACGUUGGCGCAUCUUCAGACAACCAAUCCAGGGGUCUGAGGAGACCCUGGAUGCCAUUGUCUGGGCAUGCGUCAACCUGCACAACUACUUAAGGGUGUGCGAUGAAAGCGAGCAGGGGGAACGUCGCUACUGCCCUGCUGGUUAUGCUGACCGAGAGGAAGCGUCGGGAGCCAUAACCAACGGUCAGUGGAGGGCUGAUGCCGCUGACGGGAGUGCACUUUCUGAUGUGACCCGUUUUGGCUCAAACAAUGCAUCAGAUAGCAACAAAGCAGUGAGGGAGAAGUUCACUAGAUACUUCUGCUCCUCACAUGGCGAAGUACCUUGGCAGUACAAGGUGGUAUUCAGAGGCUGCAUGCCUGAGAACUAGGUGCAAUAACCCACUUAAAGGAGCUGUGCAACAA